AUGCAGAAAAAUCAAAUAUCCAACAAAGAUAGCACAUUUCUUGGCAUUUAUGGGACCUCAAAAAAGAACACAAAACUAAGGCAUCUAACACAAGAUGAUGCAGCUACCAAAAUUCAAUGUGCUUAUAGGGCAUAUAAGGCAAGAAAAGGUCUACGCCGAUUGAAAGGAAUCGUCAAGUUUCGUGGAGCUUUAGAAGAAGGCCACUCGGUGAAAAAACAGGCAGCUUCAGCUCUAAAUCACAUUCAUUUAUGGAGCAGAGUUCAAGCCGAGAUCAAAGCUCGGUGGCUUGGCAUGGUUCUCGAUAGCCGUAAUAGGCAAAAAAAGCUCGAAAACCAGCUCAAACUUGAUGCCAAGCUCCAUGAACUUGAGGUGGAAUGGAGUGGUGGACCUGAGACCAUGGAAGAGAUUGUGAAGAGGAUAAAAGAGAGAGAAGCAGCUGCAGCUAAAAGGGAAAGGACUAUGGCUUAUGCAUUCUCUCAUCAGUGGAGGGCAAGUUCAAAUCAGUAUUUUGGCCAAUCUUACUAUGACAUCAGCAAAGAAAGCUGGGGAUGGAGCUGGAAAGAGCGGUGGAUAGCCGCCCGGCCGUGGGAAAAUCGGUACAGACCCUCGCUCGUCAACAAAGUUGAAACCAAACAAAAAACGAGCGAAUCGGUUUCGAAAUCUGUCAAAAAAGCCUCGACUGAUGGAAAAGCCUCCGCGCAUGCAAGAAAAGCAUCGGGAGUUUCCCAAGUUGCCGCUGCAUGA